AUGGCUGGCGGAAUUCCUGUGCAAACUGGCCAAGUUGCCGGUGGCUACCUCACCGGCAGGGCUCUUAUCUAUCCUCUUUCUCUCGUCAUCUCCCUCUUCUUCCUCUGGGGAUUCAGCUACGGUCUUCUCGAUGUUCUGAACAAGCACUUCCAAACCGUUCUGGGCGUCUCCAAGCUGGAGUCAACGGGGCUCCAGGUCGUCUAUUUCGGUGGCGGUUACCUCCUGUUCAGCCCUAUCGCCGCCGAAGUCCUCAAGAGGCGAGGCUACAAGCAAACCAUCUUGAUGGGUCUUUCUCUGUACUCUCUCGGCGCCAUCAUGUUCUGGCCCACGGCGCACUUCACGACCCCUGACAACAAAGAUGCUGCAUUCGGUGGAUUCAUUGCGUGCACGCUGGUCAUUGCCUGUGGACUGGCAACACUCGAGACCUCUGCCAACUCGUAUGCCGUCAUUAUAGGCAAUCCUGCUUCGGCCUCAGCCCGGUUGCAGUUUUGCCAGAGCUGGAACGGUGUUGCCUCCUUCAUUGGACCUCUCAUUGCUUCCAAGUUCUUCUUCGAGGGGGCGAACGCACACAGCCUGACCAAUGUGCAAUUCGUGUAUCUUGCAGUGGCGUGUGCUGGAGUUGCCGUCGGGGUUCUAUUCUUCUUCGCCAAGCUCCCUGAGAUCUCGGAGGAAAUGCUCAGCGGUCAGUCAAGCUCUGGUGCCCCUGCCCUGGACCACAAUGGCAACGAAAUCGGAGCUGGACCUCUGUACAAGCAGUACAACAUGAUCUUCGCCUUCAUUGCCCAGUUCUGCUACGUUGGUGCACAGGUCACCAUUGCCUCUUUCUUCAUCAACUAUGCUACCGAGAAUGGAGGGUUCACCGCCUCUGAGGCAUCCAGGAUGCUGUCAUACGCGCUGAUCUGCUUCACUAUUGGUCGCUUCGUGGCGACGGCGCUGGCGACAGUCCUCCAGGCGGACUUCAUACUCAUCAUCUACGCCGUCAUCUGCAUCGCGAUGAACGCGUAUAUUUGUGCGGGUCGUGGCCACGCCGCGGCCGGCGUGCUCAUUGCCAUAUUCUUCUUCGAGGCGCCUAUGUACCCCACUUUGUUCACCCUGGGCACUGCGAACCUGGGCCAGCACACCAGACGAGGUGCCGGUAUCCUGGUCAUGGGCGUGUCUGGAGGAGCUGUCUUCCCGCCCAUCCAGGGCGCCAUCGCCGACGCCGCCUCGACUCGCAUCUCGUACGUCGUGCCUCUUGUUGGCUUUUGUUAUGUUCUUGGCUACGUCACCUUCCACUGGCUGAGACAUGGCCGAUACAUCAUGAGGGUCAAGGAGGUUAUCAGCACCGAUGCAGGCCUCGCUAGCGAGGACAUUGAGAAGAAGCCCGAGGGCGCCAUCACUAUCGAGAGAGUAUGA